UUGGCCCAUUUCUUCUCAAGAAUUUGGUCCCCAGCAAAAAUGCAGACUGGCAGCCAACUUCCGUCCACAAGCUGGAAAGGGUAAAGCAAACGUGUGGAUCUCUCUGCUCUUCCUUCAACGCUUACCAAAAUGUAUUACAUUUGCCCAAUCUUAGACUUUCCCAGUUUAAACGGAUCUCUUCAUAUCACUCGCAACAGCACAAGCCGCUCCAGAGAUUUUAGCACAGGACCAUCAUCAUGUCUUUAACAAUCAGACUACACAUCACUCUCCACAGUACCUUCAAUCUCCACACCAAUAGCAAAACCAAAUUCACUAGUUACUCCACCAGAAUUAAACCCAAACCCAUUUACCACACUAACCCAUUGAUUCAUUUCGUAUAUAACAAACCCAAAAUGCUAAAUUCUUCUAACCCUGUUUCAGUUAAGAGCUCGCUUAUCGAUCCUGAUGGUGGGGUCCUGGUGGAUCUGGUGGUGCCAGAGAGCCAGAGAGGAGCGAAAGUUUUAGAGGCCGAGUCAAUGCCUAAGGUGAAGCUGAAUAAGGUUGAUGUGGAGUGGGUGCAUGUAAUUAGCGAGGGAUGGGCUAGUCCUUUGACAGGGUUUAUGAGAGAAAAUGAGUACCUGCAGAGUCUGCAUUUUAAUUCUUUGAGACUGGCGGAUGGGACUGUGGUUAACAUGUCGCUUCCAAUUGUUUUGGCGAUUGAUGAUGAGACAAAGGAGAGCAUUGGGUCGUCGAAAAAUGUUGGAUUGGUUGCUCCUGAUGGAGGUCUAAUUGGCAUUCUGAGAAGCAUUGAGAUAUACAAGCAUAACAAAGAGGAAAGAAUAGCAAGAACGUGGGGUACAACUGCACCAGGAUUGCCGUAUGUUGAGGAGUACAUCACACCAGCUGGUAAUUGGCUCAUAGGUGGAGAUUUGGAAGUAUUAAAGCCUAUCAAAUAUAAUGAUGGGCUUGAUCAUUAUAGGCUCUCUCCCAAACAACUUCGGCAGGAAUUUGAUAGGCGUCAAGCUGAUGCAGUUUUUGCUUUUCAAUUGAGGAACCCUGUACAUAAUGGGCAUGCCUUAUUGAUGAAUGAUACACGAAGGAGACUUUUGGAAAUGGGUUACAAGAAUCCAAUUUUACUUCUUCAUCCUUUGGGAGGUUUCACAAAGGCUGAUGAUGUGCCUUUGGAUGUUCGGAUGGAACAGCAUAGCAAGGUGCUCGAAGAUGGUGUUCUUGACCCUAAUACUACCAUUGUCGCUAUAUUCCCUUCACCUAUGCAUUAUGCUGGUCCAACUGAAGUACAGUGGCAUGCCAAGGGACGGAUAAAUGCAGGUGCUAAUUUUUAUAUUGUAGGUCGUGAUCCUGCUGGUAUGGGUCACCCAACAGAGAAGAGAGAUUUAUAUGAUCCUGAUCAUGGAAAGAAGGUUCUGAGCAUGGCUCCUGGGUUGGAGAAGUUAAAUAUUUUGCCGUUUAGGGUGGCAGCAUAUGACACUGCAGCAAAGAAGAUGGCAUUUUUUGAUCCAUCUCGCGCUCAGGAUUUCCUCUUCAUCUCUGGAACUAAGAUGCGAACUUAUGCAAGAAAUGGUGAUCAUCCUCCUGAUGGAUUCAUGUGUCCUGGCGGUUGGGAAGUCCUUGUGAAAUAUUAUGAAAGCUUGCAGGUAGAAGAGGCAUCACAGCAGUCAACCAUUUUAUCCGCUUAGAUAUGUGAUUUAUGAUGCAAAUUUCAUGUGAAUUAGUUCAAACAAGAGGAGAAGUAUUCAGUAACAUACCAUCUGAAUUAGUUGUUGCAGCCAGCAAAUUGAUGGAGUUUUUCUCAUUGACUCUUGGCAGUAAGGUAUCAUUCUUUUUUGUUUUUCAAAACCAAGGUUGUGCUGUGCCUUGUAUGGAUGUAAAAUAUUGAUAACUUGUUAUUCGUUUUAAAGACAAUUGCUUGUGUGCGCUCAAAGCAUUUAGGAUUUGUGGCGCUAAAUAGAGUGGUUUCAACAGGAACCUUUGUAUAUUAUUUUUGCUUAACCUUAAAUGUAGUUGCCUGGGCCUGGCCCGCAAAUGUGCCCAA